AUGGCACCAAAGGCUAGAGGUAGGAAACUACUUAAGAAAGAAAAGAGGGACGAAUUUGCACCGGAGAAGGACCACCAUGCCCAAGGCGAUGAGCUACCAACAGAGACACUGCAAGACAAUGAUGGAUCCUCCAAUCAGGCCAUGUUUUACGGUGUACUAGAUAGAGAUGAACUGGAGUAUUUCAAACAGGCAGAAGCCACCCUGGGGAUGGAUGCCUUCGAGUCCCGUGAGGAGAAGGGACAAUUUGUGACGAGUGUGAUCGAGGAAGCACGAGGCAAGGAGCUGAAGCUCGUGACAUCACAGAUCUGUUCCAAACUGGUGGAGAGACUAAUCCUGGACUGUGACGACUCCCAGUUGAAGGGACUCUUCAAAGCGUUUAACGGGAAUUUCUACGGUAUGGCUUGUCAUAAGUACGCCUCGCACGUCCUGGAGACACUGCUGGUGCGUUCAGCUGCCUUGGUCGAGAAGGAGCUACUGACACCGAGCUUUGAUGACGAGAAUGUUGCUGCAGAAAGCAACGGUGAUGAUGAAUACGGAUCUAUGGAAAACAUGUUUCUGUUCAUGCUGAAUGAGCUAAAACCACAUGCCAAAUUGCUGAUGUCAGACCAGUACGGGUCCCACACAUUGAGAUUGGUGAUCCUGAUCCUGGCUUCCAAGAUAUUGCCAAGCAGUACGCAAAGCAACUCCAACCUGCGUUCGAAGAAAUCUAAGAUCGCACGUAAGAUGAUCGAUAUCAAGGACAACGACGAGUUCAACAAGACAUACCAGACACCGGAAUCCUUCAAACUGGAACUACGUGCAUUGGUGUCAGGUCUGUACAAGUCAUUCACAGGUGAUGUCGCAUCGCGUUCCGAUGUGAGUCCAUCCACAAUCACCAAGUUUAGGGAGCUGUGUGUGGAUAAGGUGGCAUCUCCUGUAAUCCAAUUAAUUAUCCAGGUCGAGGGUAUCUUCGACAGAGACCGGUCGUUCUGGAGACUGAUCUUCAAUACCAAUGACGAGAGAGACGCCAAGGAGGAGUCGUUUGUGGAGUACCUGUUGUCAGAUGCUGUUGGUUCCCAUUUCUUGCAGAACGUGAUCGGCUACGGGAGACAGAAAUAUGUGGAGAGAUUGUACAGACUGUAUAUGAGGGAGCGUGUGGUGAAGCUGGCAAAGAGAGACACCACUGGUGCGUUUGUAGUACAGGCUCUGCUGCUGCACCUGAAGGGCAAAGAAAUAAGACAAAUUCUAGACGACAUUGUGCCGGAGUUGAGUGUGCUUCUUAACUCGAACAUCGAUUUUGGUACUGCCAUUAUCAAUGCUAGUAACACUCAGGAUAGUUAUCUAAGGGACGAGAUCAUUGGCCAAUUACUAAAGAAAUACUACCCAGCGGAACAAGAGGAACGGAACGUUCUGGAAAGCUGUCUGCAACUGAGCUCGUCAACUCUAGGUAACACCCGUGAUGACUGGCCUACUGCCGAGGAAAGAAGGAGGUCCAUCUUCCUGGAGCAACUUAUCGCGUACGACCAACAGUUCAUGGACGUCACUGUCGAGAGUAUGCUUGCGUUGCCAGAGGAGAGAUUACUGCAGAUGUGCUACCACGGUGUGUUUUCACAUGUUGUGGAGAGCGUCCUGGACCCUAAACGUGUUGAAAUCAUCCAGCGGAGACGUCUAUUGAACGUCCUAUGUAAAGAUGUUGUCAACAUGGCUUGUAACGCCUACGGUUCUCAUAUAAUGGACAAGUUAUGGAAUUUCACUGCAAAGUUGAUGUUGUACAAGGAGAGAAUCGCAGGUGCACUUGUGGGAGAAUCCGAGAAGGUGAAGAAUAGUACUUACGGUAGACAGGUAUGGAAGAACUGGCAACUAGAGAAGUAUGUCCGUAAGAGAUGGGACUGGAAGGGGCUUGUGAAGGACCAAGAGCGUGAAUUGUUCCCACCUGUAGAAAAACCUGUGGUGGCACCUGGCCACAACGACCGUUAUGACCGUAAUGAGGCCCGUGAAACACACAACAAGAAGCACGGUAGGGACUCAAGUAAUCAUAGUGACAGGUCCAGAAAGAGACAAAGACCAGAAUAG